UACAAAAUACUCCUAAUACUUGUGGUGAUAUAUUAAUACCUGUUACAAAUACCUGUGACGAUAAAUACGUUUCACCCCUGAAUACAAUACAAGCGAGUAGCGACAUUUCUCAUUAUUUUAUAUGGCACUCCCAGUGUUCUGUGCACUCCCGUCACGUAGUGUUUAAACUUUAAAUUCUCUUUGAUAUUCACUAUCAAAACUAAAAGCUUUAGAAGUGAUAACAAAAAGGCUUAUUUAGAAUUGAAGUAAAUGAUUAAUGGAAUCCUCGGACGAAAGUUUUGUGUGGACUACCGCUUCUAACGAUAGUGAUAGUGAUACUCACAGUUCUAAAGAUAGCAAGUAUGUAAGAUUUGAAGAAGUAAAUAAUAUGAAAGCUAAAGAGAACUCUUCUGCAAUUAAGAUCAAAACAGAACCCCAGGUAUCUGUUAAGGAGAAUAUAAAUUCAAAAUUAUUACAAGAAGACUCAUGUAGUGUCUCUAAAAGAAAAAAUAAAAUAAAAUGUGAUACCGAAGAAAUAAUUAGUAGAAGAGACAAAAAUACAAUUAAAACAGAAAGAGAUGUUGAGGAUGAUAAGGGCAAACUAUAUGAACAGUCAGAUGACAGUUAUCUGAAUAUGAAAGUUAAGGAAGAACAACUCUCUGUUACAAAUGGAUCAAUUGUAAAAUCAAAGAAAAAGAAAAAAAAGGAGAAACAUUCCUUAGAUGAAAGAAAUGAAUGUGACGAAUUAAUAUCAUCUGAGCAAGAAAUAAAAGAUGCGUUAUUAUCUGAAUCAUAUGUUGAUGAUAAAUUAACUAUUGAAGAAACAUGUUUAACUAAACAAAAAUUUGAAAGUUAUAAUGAGCAAGAGACACCUGUAAAAAAGAAAAAGAAGAAAAAUAAAAAGUUAAUUGAUGAAACACAAUGUGAAUUAUAUUCAGAUAGGAAUGAAACAACUCAGGCAGAACAUAGUAUCAGUAGGAUUGAUUUCAAUGAAAGUGCUGAAAUAAAUAACCAUAUAUCUGAAAGUGUACUAGGAAAUCUUGUUCAAGAUAAUUCUCUUUCUAAAAGUCAUACAAAAAUGUCAGACAGAAUCCGGUUUGAAGAUGAUGCUACAGACUUAAUGAUAAACACAUUUCAAAAGAGCCUCACUUCAAACAAAGAUAGAGCCAAUGCAGAUGCAUCUUGUCAGCUAAACAAAUACAUUCAAACAAAAAAUAAUUUAAAAUCUUUUAUAAACAUUUCUGAGGGUAUUGGUUUAUCAGAUGAUGAUGAAAUUUGUGUAAUAAAAUGUCCCAAAGACAUAGAUAUAAAAUAUUUCAAGGAAAAAUGCCUAAACAUAGACAGCAAAACUAAACUUAAAAUAAAUGGCCAAACAUAUGAUGGCUAUUUAGAAAGUAGUAAUACCAAAUUGCCAAUAGUAACAAGCAGAGAUUCUAAAAUGUACAUAAAAACCUUUCCUAUAACUGCUUGCAUAUAUUUUCGAAAACGGAUUCCAAAACAAAUUCCACAACAUGAUAAGAUCACAGGUGAUUUGGGUUCAAACAACCUCUUAACACUACCAGAAACUAAAUUAAGGCAUCCACUGUUUGGUGCAAACUAUAAAAAGGCUAUUGAUGUCCCCGCAGAUGUUGCAGAAUGCAUGAAAGCUCAAAAUCAAGAAUUAGAAACAUUACAAAGUGAACGUAAAAAGAGAAAAAAGCACAAAAAGAAAAAAUCGGAAAAUAUUGAUGAAGAAAUUAAUACAUUACCAGAAAUCAAGUUGGAAGAUGAUUUGUCAAUAAAAAAUAAAAGGAAGAGGAAGCACAGUGAGAAGAAUUGUGGAUCACCUAAGAAAGCAAAAAGAGCUAAACACAACCCCAAUUGCAAUGAAACAUGGGAUUCAGAGAAGGCAAUAGAGGAGACCCUCUUUAACUUUUAAAUGGUUUAUAUACCAAUAAAUGUUUAUAAUUAAUUAA